UUGAUGAACUACUACAGAUACCCAGUGAUCACCAACACAAAGAUGGAGGUUCUCGAGGAAUUGCCUUUCCCAGCUGUUACCUUCUGCAAUCAGAGUCCGUUCAACCUGAGCAAAGUUAGAGCAGCUGAUCCUCAUCUUGAGACAUACUUCAAUAAAGUCAGUUUGUUGGGCCAAUUAACAGGAACCUUGAGCUUAAACUGGAGCGAACCUGGAUUUGAUCGGCCUAUUUAUCGAGAGAGUCAGACCCUUGACUGGUGGAGAAACAUUCACAUGAGCCCAGAAGUGAUCCUGCACGAUCCACGUACUCAUCCAGACGAAGCGCGAACCUCUUUCCUGGCAGCUCCAGGUUCAACAACUAAUGCUGUUGUUCAGAGAUCAACGUACCAGUACUUACCUCCGCCCUACCAGGCCUUAAAGAACCGAACAUGUCUGGACACAUUGGCGCCCUCAUUUAACAACACCCUGCAGUACUUCGACACCUACACAUAUGAAAACUGUCUACGAGAGUGUAUCACAAAAAUGACACACGGUGAAUGUGGUUGUAUCACACCGAGUGAUAAUGAAUAUGUGAUGAGGAAUGCGACGAUUCAGAAAGAAUGUGCUUGUCAACUUCCCUGCUCAUUCGCGACAUAUGAUGUUAAGGUAUCAGCUUCAAAAUACCCAUCAGAUGUCUCUGUGAACAUGCUCCUGGAUCUUAAAAUUGCUCCAGAUGAGGAAUAUAUCAGAGAAAACUAUCUCGAAAUACGGAUUUACUAUGCGGAUCUGGUCGUCCAAUCAACAGAACAGAUUCCACGGUAUACAACAGAGACCAUCAUAGGUAAUCUGGGAGGUCAGAUGGGCAUCUGUCUCGGAGCCAGCAUUCUGACUCUCACAGAACUGGGAGAGUUCCUCCUGUUUCUUUGUUUGACCAUCUUCAGAAGACGUAAACACGGCGGCGAAGCCAAGGAUAUCAAACCCACUGAGCACUGA